AUGAACCGCCGCUCCGCUGGCCCGUUGACGCAUGCGGCAGCUAUCACCAGCCCGCCGAUCGUGCCCGAGCCCCGGCGAACGGUGUCGACCAGCAAAUUGAGCGGCCUUUUCAAGACUGACGAUGCGAAGGCGUCCGAUUCCAAGCUCAACGAGGCCCUUGAUGCCAUGUCUCUUGCGCAGAAACUGCGCAUCAAGGCGGCCGAGACGGAACGCCGCGGCGGGGCCAAGCUCGCCGAAUGGGCGCGCAAGACGAAAAACGCGGCGAUAAGUGAUGUGAUCGAGAAGACGUCGAGUGUACUCCAGAUGCACAGCGACCUCACCGUUGAUCUGGCCCUGCGGAAUCAGCAAACCACCGGGCUUCUCCGUGGACUAUGUGGACGAGGACGCGAGUUGGAAGAAACGGAAAAAGAAUAUCGGCGACUGAAGGAAAAGGAGGCCAGGCUGCAAAAGGAAUUGAAUCAGAGGCGCGAUCGUACCCGCGCGCAACAGGAUGCCCUUGAAGCUCAGCUAUCUGAUACGAAGCGUCAAAUCAGCUUUACCUGGGAACACCUGCGCCGAUUGCGCGGUGACGAGGAAGCUGUCAAGAUGCUUCGACUGAGGCAUGGCUGCAAGGGUUUCGCGGAUGCCGGUUUGAAUUAUACGACGGCCGCGCGCGCCAUUUUCUCCACCCAACGCGAGCUGGCCGAAUCGAUUCCCGGAUUAGCAGUGCCCGGUGAUGAGGUGUUUGGGCUGACAUAUGAUGCGAUCCCAUUUACACAAGAAAAGAUUGAGCAGUUGAGACAUUUCCUUGACUCGCUGCAAAAGAACGACGGCAAGAUCUGCAUCCAACACAGCCAAGAGCGUAGCCAGCUCCUCGGCGGCCCCCGGCGGCGUAGCGAACCUGCCCGGCGUGCCGCAGGUUUUGGCCAUCACCCCAGGGCCCAUCAAGCUGCAGCUGCCGCGGCACAGUCCAUCCCUGCUUCGCCACCCCCGCCCUACACACCGUCCGCACCGGCCGGCGAGAUGAAUACGAGCACCAGCUCGAAUUCUUCUUCCGGAUCUUGUCGCCCGAGCAACAAUCGUCUAUCACACCCCUCUGCUCCGCAAGCCACACCGUUGGCUAGAAACUCUGCAAAUCCUCUGCGGGCAUCUUUCCUCCAACCCAUCCGUAAUGAAGACUAUCCUUCAGCGAUCACCCAAUUGACCGCGUCCGCCGAACGCAAGCGUGAAAAUAGGAGGUCGCUCCCCCCGGCUUGCGGAGGAUGCGUGGGUCGUCUCUACCCGGAGCUGCCGACGAAUUAC